ACCACUUUCCCCUUGUAAUGGAAAAGACCAGAGGGUCAGCUCGUAGCAACCCAGCCAACUUUCCCUGAGAUUUGCUCGUUUGCCUCUUUGUCUUCUGAUCUACAAGCCGAUUCUACUCAUCCCCCUGCAUCAGUUGGUAUUCAGAGCCCAGGUUCGAGUCCAUGGCGGGUGGUGGUCGGAGAAAUCGGAGCCGAGCCGGGCAGCCGGCGGCGGCUCGGGUUGAUGCCGCAGAUCUGGACGAGGAGUCCGGAGACGGAGCUAUUCCCAGGUACCGGAACCUGCAGGACGUCGAUGCCAAUUUGGUGGAUCAGAACCAAGAGUUGAGACGGCAAGUUCAGGCCCUAGCGCAGCAAAUGGCGGCCGUGCAGACGCAGAUGGCUCAGAUUGCUGUUGCUGUGCAACGGAGGGAUAUGCCAGAAGACCAGGGCAGUGAGGAUGAUUCGUCUGACAGCGACGGCUCUCCCGCAAGCUCCCUGAGGCGUCCUGAAGUUAACCCCUUUCAAGCCAGACAGCGACACGGACGGAAUCGUGCUACUGCUGAGCGCGAGCACCGCAGGCGGCGCUGCUUUGGAGUUAAGUUGCCGGAGUUCUCGGGAGGGCUCUCUCCUGAGGAUUUUAUUGAUUGGAUAGAUGAAGUUGAGCGUGUCUUUGAAUAUGCGGAGGUGCCAGAGGAGGAGCGUGUUCCUGCAGUUGCAAUGCGACUGAAAGGGCGUGCAUCUGUUUGGUGGAAAAAUCUAGAGCAGAGUCGUAGAGUUCGGGGCAAGCGAAAGAUUGAUUCCUGGUUUGCCAUGAAGGAGAAGAUGCAGAGAGAGUUUCUUCCAUUUAAUUAUGAAGAAUCAUUAUUCAGGCAACUCCAAAAUCUACGACAAGGCACAAAAAGUGUGCACGAGUAUACAAAUGAAUUCUAUCAACUAGUAUCACGCAACAAUUUGAGUGAUUCCAAGAGUCAACUGGUGGCAAGGUAUGUUGGUGGUUUACGUCAAUCAAUCCAAGAUGUGUUGUCCUUGCAUAUGAAUUUUACAGUGUCAGAGGCAUACCAGCGAGCCAUCGCUGUGGAAAAACAGCAACAACGACCAGUGCGCACAAACAACGCUCAGUUCCGACCACGAUCUAAUAAUUCUGCACCAACAAGGGCGGCGAGCAGAAGCCACCCAGGGCCAACAAGAUCUGCCCCAUUGCCUAAAGGUGUCGGGGAUAAGUCCAAGUCAGCAACAGCAAGAGGUACUUGUUUUAAAUGUGGUUCUUCAGAACAUUUACAAAGAGAUUGCCCAAGGAACAUCGACAGGGAUGGUAAAGGAUUAGUAGGUGACUAUGAUGAAGAGACAGAGCAUCAAGGUGAACCUACAUAUGAUAAUUAUGAUGAUAAUGAUGAGGUUGAGCUGGAUGGAGAUACAGGGGACAUGUUAGUAAUGGAGCGAGCUUUGAUGAUACCUCCAAAAGACGAAGAUUGGCGAAGACGGAGCUUGUUCCACACGCGCUGCACUAUAGGUGGAAAAGUAUGUCAUGUUAUUAUUGAUAAUGGCAGUUGGGAAAAUACUAUAUCAGAGGAGGCAGUAAAUAAACUUGGGCUUAAGAAGGAAAAUCAUCCUUGUCCUUAUAACAUGCGCUGGUUCAAAUCUGACAAGGUAUCGAAGGUAAAAUUUCGGUGUUUGGUGUCUUUCUCCGUUGGCAAUAAAUUCUUUGAUGAGGUAGAAUGUGAUGUUGUUGAUAUGGAUGUUAGCCACCUAAUUCUUGGAAGACCUUGGCAGUAUGACCGCCAUGCUGUACAUGAUGGCCGUAAGCACACAUAUACUGUCAUGAAAGAUGGCCAAAAAUUUGUGUUUAACCCAGUGAAAGAGGAUGAGUUAGUCAAAUCCAAGAGUUAUGAAUCAUCAUGCACCACAAGUCUCAUAUCUUGUAAGAAAUUUAUGCGUGAAGCAAUAGAAGGAGGCGUAUAUCUGCUACUGCUUUCAAAGCAGAAGAGUGAAGUUGGCAUACCAAAGGAGGCACAUGACUUAUUGGAAGAAUUUUCAGAUGUCUUUCCAAAAGAGCUUCCUUCUGUAUUACCUCCCAUGCGAGACAUUCAACAUCAGAUUGAUUUAGUACCAGGAGCUAGUUUGCCAAAUCGCCCGGCUUAUCGAAUGAAUCCCAAAGAGUAUGAGGAACUAAUUCGUCAAGUGCAAGAACUAUUAGAUAAAGGUUUUAUUCAACCUAGCCUAAGCCCAUGUGCUGUCCCUGCACUCCUGACACCAAAAAAAGAUGGUUCAUGGCGCAUGUGUGUUGAUUCUCGAGCAAUAAAUAAGAUAACGAUUAAGUAUCGAUUUCCUAUACCUCGACUCGAUGAUAUGUUGGAUAAUUUAGCAGGGGCAGUGGUAUUUUCAAAGAUUGAUCUCAAGAGUGGGUACCACCAAUUAAGGAUCCGUCCAGGAGAUGAGUGGAAGACGGCUUUCAAGACAAGAGAUGGGCUUGGUUAGUAAUGCCUUUCGGUCUUUCUAAUGCUCCAAGUACAUUUAUGAGGUUGAUGAAUCAUGUAUUACGACCUUUUAUUGGAAAGUUUGUUGUCGUAUAUUUUGAUGACAUACUAGUAUAUAGCAGUAGCAUGGAAGACCACCUGCCGCACUUGAGAGAAGUGUUAUGCGCUUUACGGCGUGAGCAGUUGUAUGCUAAUCCAAAGAAGUGUGAGUUGUUGGUCUCUUCAGUCAAUUUCUUGGGGUUUAUUGUGUCUGGAAGAGGCUUACAAGUUGAUCCAAGCAAGGUUGAAGCAAUUCUUAGUUGGCCAGCUCCACGCACAUUAACUGAAGCUCGUAGCUUUCAUGGGCUUGCUUCUUUUUAUAGACGCUUUAUUCGCAACUUCAGCACAAUCAUGGCACCUUUCACUGAUUGCAUGAAACGAGGUGGAGCUUUUGUAUUAACGGAAGAAGCGAGGCAAGCUUUCGAGGAGAUUAAGGCCAAAGUGGCAUCUACUGAUUGUCUAGCCUUGCCGGAUUUUAACAAGUUGUUUGAAGUGGAUUGUGAUGCAUCAGGAAAAGGAAUUGGUGCUGUUCUUAGUCAUGAAGCUGAGUUGUAUGCAGUGGUUCGAGCAUUGCAACACUGGAGGCAUUACCUACUACAUCAAGAGUUUAUUUUGUAUAGUGAUCAUGAAGCACUAAAAUACAUCCGAAAUCAGCCAAACCUGAACCGUAAACAUGCACGGUGGGCAAGCUUUUUGGAAGAGUAUAAUUUUGUACUCAAGCACAAAUCUGGAGCACAAAACAGGGUAGCUGAUGCACUGAGCCGCAGAGCACAAUGCCUAAGCAUGAUGAGGGUUCAAGUUGUUGGUUUUGACAGUAUUCCGGAGCUCUAUACUACUGAUCCCUUUUUCAACAAGAUUUAUGAGGCUGCUCAAGAAAGAAACUCUGCUGAAUAUACCAUCCAUGAAGGAUUUCUUUUUCGUGGGGUUCAACUCUGCAUUCCAAACAGCUCUGUACGUGAUCUGAUCAUAAAGGAGAUUCACAAUGAAGGGCAUCGAGGCCGAGACAAAUCUGUAGAACUAUUGCUGAAACAGUAUUUUUGGCCGCAUGCUCGACGAGAUAUGGAAAGGUUCGUGAAGAGAUGUCAUGUCUGUCAAGUUUCAAAAGGUACAGCUACGAAUGCAGGUUUGUAUAUGCCCUUACCUGUACCUGAUGCACCAUGGAUAGAUAUAAGUAUGGAUUUUGUUCUAGGUCUCCCACGAACACAGCGUCGAGUGGACUCCAUCUUUGUCGUGGUAGACAGAUUCAGCAAAAUGGCGCACUUCAUAGCCUGCCGCAAGACAUCUGAUGCUAGUCAAAUUUCUGUUUUGUUCUUUCGAGAAAUAGUGCGGUUGCAUGGUGUGCCAAGGAGUAUUACCUCUGACCGAGACACCAAGUUCAUGUCUCAUUUUUGGCGAUCGUUGUGGAGACAAAUGGGAACUACUUUGAAUUUCAGCACGGCUUAUCAUCCACAGACGGACGGUCAAACUGAAGUGGUAAAUAGAAGCUUAGGGAAGAUGUUACGAGCUCUUGUAGGCGACAAGCCGAAACAAUGGGACACAAUUCUACCACAUGCUGAGUUUGCCUUCAAUAGAACACCGAAUCGUUCUACUGGACUAUGCCCCUUUGAGAUAAUUUAUGGUAGAGUCCCAAACGGAGUUCUAGAACUAGCACCUAUACCUGCCGUUGGAAAGAAAAUUUUGAAAGCAGAGAAUAUGGUAGAAGAGAUGGGCUCAAUUUAUAAACUUGUACAUCAGCGAAUACAAGAAAGCAAUGCUAAAUAUAAGGCUGCAGCUGACCAACACCGUCGUCAGGUCGUGUUUGGAGAAGGAGAUUUGGUAUGGGCUAUCCUCACCAAAGAUCGUUUUCCCGCUGGAGAAUACAAUAAGUUAAGCCAGAGGAAAAUAGGACCGUGCAAAGUGAUAAAAAGGGUUAAUAACAACGCGUAUAAACUGGAGCUACCUAGCCAUCUACGCACUUCUGAUGUGUUCAAUGUUAGGCAUCUUGUGCCAUAUCAUCAGGAAACAUCUGAAGUUCAGGUUUAAACUCGAGGACGAGUUCUUUGCAGGCCUGGGGAGGAUGAUGCAGCUAGCUUCAACUAAGUGGAGUACCUGUUCCUUUGGUUUUCUUUUUCUUUAAUCUACUAGUCAGCACUGUACACUCUGUAGAGUUUUCUCGUACUAGUUUCUAGAGUUCUCUGUAACCUUAUUUUGUAAGUCCCCCCUAGUGACUAGAGGGAGAACAGAGUACUAGAUGAACCACUUUCCCCUUGUAAUGGAAAAGACCAGAGGGUCAGCUCGUAGCAACCCAGCCAGCUUUCCCUGAGAUUUGCUCGUUUGCCUCUUUGUCUUCUGAUCUACAAGCCGAUUCUACUCAUCCCCCUGCAUCACUUUCUUAAUAAUUGCUUCAGGCCAUGUGCGCUCGAGGACGGCUGUGAUCAGAAUUAUCGGCUGAAUGUUCAUCUUACAUCGAAGCAUAUAUCAGAGUGUAGUACUCAAGAUGAUCAGCAAGACAUGCAGGCUGUAGAUGGUUACGAAAGGAGUUCUGCUCAACACCAUGAUUACGUACACCCAAGCUACAACAUGUACCCUUCCCAUGCCGCAACACAAUUUCCCUCCACCAGGGCCAGGAUAUGUUGUGAACGCCCAUCCGACGUACCCGGUGCUGCACCAUGACACCCAUGGCCAACUAUGGCUCUCGACGCCGCUGGAUAACCGCUUCCACCCGCACUUGUCUCCGGUGCCAACGUACCCGUCUAUGCCCUCCAACACAAUGAUGCCUACGAUGCCGCUGGAUGGUCGCUUCCAUGCACAACUGCCUCCUUCGUUGUCGGCUUACCUGGAUGCACCCUUCGACCCAAGGACGCAUCCAGUGUGGACACGAGGACCCACAUAUGUACCCUUCGCACAACCACAGUCGUCCUCGCCUCCUGCAAGGCAUGCUAAUGGUUUUUAUUAACAUUUUGUAACUACUGAUAUCCGAGACAAUUGAUCGACAAUCAAUCUCCUAUACAAAUUUAGCAUAUAGAUUCAUAGCAAUGAAUAUACGAGUAGUUCACCACAAGGAAUAUGUUGAUUUGCGAUUAAAAUAUAAUGACAAUGACCAAACUAACCAUAAGUCUGGGAACAUUUUCUAUGAGAUUGUCAUCGAAUGUUCGA